AUGAGCUCCUCGGUUAUUCGCAUAGAGCGACUUCCCAGAAAAAUAGCCCAAUCAGACGUUGUCGAUGUGUUCAUACCGUUUGGUGAAAUAAAGGCCGUACAAAUAAACCAGCAACGUGGUUUGGUUGACGUCAAAUACGAACAAGUUGAAGAUGCUGUUGAAGCCAGACUGAAUAUGGAUGGAUUCCUUUACUUUGGCCAACAUCUAAAGGUGAGGGAACUGGAUGAGACCGUGUUCGAUUCCAAACAGAUUCUCUCAGGUUAA